UGGGUGAGGAUUGGAAGGGGCAGCUGGCGCAGGGAGGGGGAAAAGGGGGGAGGGACGGGUGCAGCCAAAGUACCCCGGCGAGGAGGGGAGUUUGCGCCGCCAGUGGAGCCCGCCGAGCCGGGGCAUGGUGCAGAGCUCCCCCGGGCUGCGGAGCGCGGAGCGGCGGCCAGGGCAGCGCAGCGGGGGAUGGAGAGAGCUGCGAGCGUUGGUGGUCGAGCCGGGAAUGAGAGCGGCAGGACUGCGCAAGGGAGGUCAAGGAAAUCUCAAGAAGCCAGCCAAUCAAAAACCCUGUAGGGAUGCUGUAAAGCCAGGUGACUCUGGGAAGGUGGCUGAAUGUUAAAGAUGGCAACCCAAUACAACAAUGAACUGAAAUGUGUUAGCGUAGAGUGGGACUUCCUUCAAGGACUGCUCGUAAAGAACCAACCUGUCCCUUGCCUGCAGGCCCUACGGAAAGAGAAGUCUCGCAAUGCUGCCCGAUUCCGACGAGGCAAGGAGAACUUUGAGUUUUAUGAGUUGGCGAAGAUGCUCCCGUUACCGGGAGCCAUCACGAGCCAACUUGACAAGGCUUCCAUCAUCCGGCUGACCAUCAGCUAUCUCCGCAUGAGAGACUUCGCCAACCUGGGGGACCCCCCUUGGAACCUACGGAUCGAGGGGCCCCCACCUAACAUCUCUGUAAAAGCAAUAGGAACUCAGCAGCGGAGAAGCCCCACUUCCCUGGCUAUUGAACUGUUUGAACAGCACGUGGGUGGACAUAUCCUACAGUCCCUGGAUGGUUUUAUUUUUGCACUAAACCGAGAAGGAAAAUUUUUAUACAUCUCUGAAACCGUCUCCAUCUACCUGGGGCUGUCACAGGUGGAACUAACAGGCAGCAGCAUCUUUGAUUAUAUUCACCCCGGGGAUCACGUUGAAGUGGCGGAGCAGCUGGGGCUGAAACUGCCAAGCAGCCGUGGUCACAGCGCCCAAGCCCCUACUGAGGACGGGGCAAGUUCGACGUCUUCCUCCUCACUGGCCGAGACCCCCGAGCCAGAGUCCGCCAGCCCCGGCCUCCUUUCCGAGGACGCAGCGUUGGAACGAACGUUCUUUGUCCGCAUGAAGUCAACAUUGACCAAACGAGGGGUCCACAUCAAAUCUUCAGGAUACAAGGUUAUUCACGUCACUGGUCGCCUGAGGCCGCGGAUAUCUCUGCCCCACGCCCGCGCCGUUCCCACCAAGUUCAUGGGGAUGGUGGCUCUGGCCCACACACUCCCUCCUUCCACCAUCAACGAGGUCCGCAUCGAGUGCCAUAUGUUCGUCUCCAGGGUCAGCCUUGACCUGCAGAUCAUCUACUGUGAGAACAGAAUCUCGGACUACAUGGACUUGUCCACAGCGGACGUGGUGGGGAAAAACUGCUAUCACUUCAUUCACGCUGAGGACGUGGAAGGGAUCAGACAUAGCCACCUGGACUUGUUAAACAAGGGCCAGGUGGUCACCAAGUACUACCGCUGGAUGCAAAAGAAUGGGGGUUACAUGUGGGUCCAAUCCAGCGCCACCAUCUCGAUCAACGUCAAGAAUGGGAACGAGAAGAACAUCAUCUGGGUGAACCACGUGCUGAGCAAACCAGAGCUUCGAGACACUCCAAUGGACAUCUCGCAACUCCCGCUGUCGUCCAGCAAAGCUUCGAAACAACUGGAGUUAUCGGAUUCAGAGUCCGACUCCCGGGAACACAUAGGGAGCAACAACCCAAAGGCCACGGGGAAGGUGAGUGGCUUGGAGGUGAGCAGCGAGGCCCGCUCGGAGGCCUGGAAGCGGCCCGGGAGCCAGUCGGAGGAGGAGAUGACCUCGGCCAAAGACGACAGUGACUCCAGCCUGUCGGACAGCGAGGAGCCAAGUGGUGGCGGCAGGAGGAGCUUCGUCCUGUCCCGGGUCAAGCGCAUGAAGGUGGAGGGCCAGGCCGAGGGAGGGCAUCGGGGCUCGGGCCCCAGCGACGGAGGCACGGGCAGCUCAGAAGAGGAGGCCGGCGGCCCGGCGGCCAGGCACCAGUACCCCAAGAGGAGGAAGAGGCUGAGGGAAGGCCCGGGGCCUCGGGGCAAGGCGCCGGCGCCGCCCGAGCGCGCCCCCACCCUCAAGGUCAAGACUGAGGCCACCCAGCCCGUCAGCUACGAGGGCCACAGCUCGGUGUGGGACUACCCGCCCCCGCCCGAGCGGGAGGCGGCCUACCGGGCGGCCAAGGCCCCGUCCGCCGCCUCCGACCACUUUGGCCCCCCCGAGCCCGCCCUCAGCCCGCCCGGGGCCGCCGAGAACCCUGGUGGGAGAAAGACGCCCUUCGGCCCAUCCCCCCGGGCCGCGCCGGGCGCCUCCUCUGACGCCCUAUCACCGCCGCCGCCGCCUCCCGCCGACGACAAGGCCGAGGUCCUGGCCUUGGCCCAGGCCCAGGCCCCGCCGCCCUCCAGCCUGUACGCUGCCAGCACCAUCCGCUACGCCCCGGCCGACGUGGCCUUGGCCGUGCCCGGCAACCUGCUGCCCGCCGCCCACGCCAUCAACUUCGUCGACCUCAACGGCCCGGCGUUCGGGGCCGAACAGAAGGCCCAGGUGGAGAUGAUCUACCACCACGUCCAGCGCCUCAACAUGGCGGCCAACCCUUUUGGCGCGCCGGCGGCCGGACUCGCCCAGGUACCGGCCGGCAGCGUCUUCACCACGGCCGAGGCCCUCUUCUCCACCCUGCCCUUCCCCAUGAACGCCGGCACCAUCCACCCCCCACAGGCUCUGGAUCGCAAGGACGACUGAUGCCGGGUGUCCAUCGAGGGGAGGAUCCCUCCAUCCAACCAGCCUUGAGACAAUGGACCUGGUCCUGUUGGGUUUUGGUUUAUCUCCUUUUAUUUCCCUCCCCCCACCCCCCCCCCUCCCUUUUACUUUAACCAAACUCCCAGCUCUUCCCUCCCACCCCAAUCCCAGAGGCUAGCACUUAUUUCCCUUUGCUCUUGGUCCAAGUCUACAUUGGAAGCAGAACAUUGGGGGUGGAUGGUAGGGGGGAGGUGGUCCAAGUGGAGAUUGGUUGGCGUCUCGCCCCACUUGGCGACAGGAAUGGGCCGACUGUUGGA